CUUGUUUGUGAUUCACUCUGUAAAGCCUCUCCUCUCUCUCCAGCUCUCUCUAUCUCUAUCUCUGGGAUUCACUCUCUAAAGCCUCUCUUAUCUCUCACUAUAUCUGUGUGGGUUCUUUUGGGUGUGGGAAGAAGAUGAGCUUUCUAAGCAUGGUAGAGGCAAAACUGCCUCCAGGUUUUAGGUUCCAUCCUAGAGAUGAAGAACUAAUAUGUGAUUACUUGAUGAAGAAAGUUGUGGGCAAUAAUGGGAAGGGAAGCUCUUACGAAUCUCCUAUGAUAAUCGAAGUUGAUUUGAACAAGUGUGAGCCUUGGGAGCUUCCUGAAGUGGCAUUUGUUGGAGGAAGGGAAUGGUAUUUCUUCAAUCAACGUGACAGGAAGUACGCGACCGGACUACGAACAAACCGAGCGACGGUGGCCGGUUACUGGAAAGCCACAGGAAAGGACAGGCAGAUUGUCCGCAAAGGUGCCCUUGUGGGUAUGAGGAAAACCCUAGUUUUCUACCAAGGAAGGGCACCCAAAGGGAAAAAGACAGACUGGGUCAUGCAUGAGUUCAGGCUUGAAGGACCUUCUGAGCCACCAAAAACUUCAUUUCAGGAAGAUUGGGUACUAUGUAGAGUAUUCUUCAAAAAUAGAGGAAUUUCUGCCAAAUCUAAUGUGGAAAACUGCUAUGAAGACAGUGGCACUUCAUCACUUCCUCCUUUAAUGGAUUCCUACAUCAGUUUUGAACAAACUCCACCUAAUCUUGUUGAGUAUGAGCAAGUGCCCUGCUUCUCCAGUUUUUCCCAAAACCAGGCCAACCCAAACAUGUCACCUUAUGCUCAAAUGGAACCAAAUGUACCCAACAAGAGUUUAACUAACUUUGGGGGAGCACCUGACAUGGGUAACUUCUCAAGUCCAACUCCUUGUGAUAAAAGGGUCAUACAAGCAGUUUUGAAUCAUAUCAGCAAGUAUGAAAGCAAUAUGAAGGUGGAAGAGUCUCCAAGUUUAGUGGCAGUUGGAAGUCCAGAGAGCUUCUUAUCUGAGUUGGGUUUGUCAAAUAUGUGGAAUAGUACUCCAUAUUGAAUGAGAGAACAUCAUGUGUCAUGAAAGGAAAGGAAAGAAGGGUUAUGGUUCAUGCAAGCAUGGGGUAGUGAGGGGUUUGCAGAUAUUUUUACAUUUUGGAAUUGAUUAUAUUUGUAAUUUGUAAAGGUCAUACCAUGGUAUAUGGUAUUUAUAGUGUUGUACAUGUAUUUAACAAUGAUAGUUAGGAAGGUCGAUUUUGUGCUGCAAGGUUUUGUACUGUGACUUCAAUAUAAAGUUUCUUCUUUUUUGGGGGGGUGAUUGACUACUUCAGAAUCAA